AUGGCGACUACAUCAUCCUCGUUCCGGAUCAAACUAUUGUUCUUUCUGAUCUUAAACUUCUUCUAUCUUCAUAAUCUAGUGUUUGCCCAUUCAUCAAACUCAAAAUUCACAAAAUUCACAAGACACCCAAACUCCGAUUCAACAUCAUCAAGAAGAACCAAACACUCAAGUACUUCUUCUAACGAUGUGUUUCUCAACUCGGUCCAACGCAGCUUGGAAAACGCUCGCUUAGCUCAUUCUCUCGCCUUCAAUCUCACGCUCUCCCACCGUACCACUCAAUCCCUCAUGCUCGAUCCCGUCAACGACUGUCUUGAGCUCCUUGACGACACGCUUGACAUGUUGUCUCGUAUAGCCACCAAGCGUAAAGAUCACGUCAACGAUGACGUCCAUACAUGGCUAAGCGCCGCGUUGACUAAUCAAGAGACUUGUAAACAAAGCCUUAGUGAGAAAUCUAGCUUCAACAAAGAAGGAAUCACGAUGAAUUCCUUCGCAAGAAACCUCACCGGUUUACUAACAAAUUCACUUGACAUGUUCGUGACCUCUAAACGGAAACAUGAUUCCUCUUCCUCUAGUGUCGGUGGUCGGAGACUGUUGUCGGAUGAUCAAGAUUUUCCGACGUGGGUUUCUUCGUCUGACCGGAAACUUCUAGAAUCUUCGGUAGAGGAGCUGAGACCUCACGCGGUGGUGGCUCUAGACGGAAGCGGGACACACAUGAGCGUAGCCGAAGCAUUGGCCUCAUUGUCGGAGGGGAGUGGCAGAAACGUAAUUCAUUUAACAGCCGGAACUUACAAAGAGAAUCUAAACAUUCCGACCAAACAGAAGAACGUUAUGUUGGUUGGUGACGGAAAGGGCAAAACAGUCAUUGUCGGUAGCAGAAGUAACAGAGGCGGUUAUAAUACUUACCAAACCGCUACUGUCGCUGCCAUGGGAGAUGGGUUCAUAGCUCGGGACAUAACAUUCGUGAACAAUGCCGGACCAAACUCAGAGCAAGCAGUAGCAUUACGGGUCGGGUCAGAUCAUUCCGUCGUAUACCGAUGCUCAAUCGAUGGUUAUCAAGACUCACUCUACACUCUCUCUAAACGACAAUUCUAUAGAGAAACCGAUAUUUACGGAACCGUCGAUUUCAUUUUCGGAAACUCCGUCGUCGUUUUCCAAAGCUGCAACCUUGUAUCAAGAAAAGGCUCCUCGGAUCAGAACUACGUGACGGCUCAAGGAAGAUCCGACCCGAAUCAGAAUACCGGAAUUUCGAUACAUAAUUGUAGAAUCACCGGUUCGACCGGGACUUAUUUGGGUCGACCAUGGAAACAGUAUUCGAGAACCGUUGUGAUGCAAUCGUUUUUGGAUGGUUCGAUUCAUCCUUCGGGUUGGUCUCCUUGGUCUAGUAAUUUCGGUUUGAAGACUCUGUUUUAUGGAGAGUUUGGUAAUUCGGGUCCUGGUUCGUCGGUUUCGGGUCGGGUUAAUUGGCCCGGGUAUCACCCGGCAUUGACUUUGACUGAAGCUCAAGGGUUUACUGUUUCGGGUUUCAUUGGUGGGAAUUCGUGGUUGCCAUCAACAGGUGUCGUUUUUGAGGCCGGGCUUUUAUAA